UCCCUGACUCAAAUUGAACGUCUCACUGUUACAAACUCAGUCGCUUACUUUUCUGAUCUGCUUAUUUUUUCUCCACUAAAACCUGUCACAAUGCCGAUGAAGUGUGGAGGGACCUCCCCGCCAGCUGAGGCGGAUGAAAAAAUCCAGAAGAUCUGCGACAUCGUGAAGCCUCAUGCGGAGCAGAAAGCAGGGAAGACCUAUGAUGUUUUCACAGCCAAGAGCUACUCGACGCAGGUAGUGUCGGGGAGGAACUACUUCAUUAAGGUUCACGUGGGAGGAGAUGAUCACGUGCACCUCCGUGUUUAUGAAAAACUCCCAUGUAAUGGAGGAGAGAUUGCGCUGAGUGAUAUGCAACAAUCCAAGAGCCACCACGACCCUAUUGAGUACUUCUAAUGGGAUCCCAAAUGAAACAUCAGUGCCACCAGGCUGCAGUGUCAUUGUAGUCUGUUUAUUAUCAGAUUAUCCCGCUCCUCUAUAUAAAACAGUUUAUGCAGUUCAUGAUGUUAGGAGUAGGUCAAAAUAUAUAAAAUAACAGUUUUGUACAACAUGAAUGAAUAAAUGGACCAGACUUGUAAUUCUG